AUGAGGAUCAGGAAGCGUUUAGCACCGUCUUAUUUUUCUUCGGAGCCCCUUUCAGAUCUCCAGCUCAACCAAUCACUUUCAAAUGGAAAUCAAGCUAAGCCCAAAUCCGAUCAGCCCUCAAAUCCUCCACAGAAGCCUUCUGACCAAAAUAUGGUGAUAAUCAAAUGGGCACUGCACCCUAAUGCUGCUAUAACUGGAGAGCAAAAGGAAAUGGAAAGUGGGGAGCACAGCAGUAAUGAUAUCAGGAAUGCAAGAAUUUUAGUUCAAGAAGUAGAUAUCAAGGUUCUGCAGCCAUCUUCUUCUUCUUCUGAUCCUGCAGAUGGGAGAUGGAGCGAAGGAGAAAAAAUAGUUCCAUUGAAGAAACGAAAAGGAGCCGCGAAGAGAUGCGCCAGCAAUGAGACACUGACGAAGGCGAGGAUGAAAUCGAAGAUAAAUAAAAAAUGCGUGCAAGAAAAUGAUAAUGUGGAUAAAGCUGAUCAUGAUGGAAAUUAUUGUCCGAAUAAGAAGAGGGGCAAUGUUAUAUUGGAGGGAUCCCGAUGCAGUCGAGUUAAUGGGAGAGGAUGGAGAUGCUGCCAACCAACCCUCGUCGGCUAUGCAUUGUGUGAGCAUCAUUUGAGAAAAGGGAGGCUUAGUAGCAUGACCAGUGUUCGUAAUCGCUCUAUGAGUGCACAAAUGGAAGUCCCAUCUCCAACUGAGACUACUCGAUCGAUGUCAUCUAUCUUGUGUGCCUUAGAUGUGGACAACUCGAAAGGAUUACAUGAAAUUGAAAAUGAUGAUGAGAAGAAACGAGUUAAGUUCACGAAGAAGAGGACCAACGUUGGUAUGGUGAAAGCUAGAUCAAUAAGCAGCUUGCUUGGCCAAAUUGAUAGCAAAAGUUGA